AUGGGAAGGACUCGUUGCCCUUGUGCCAGAUGCAAAAAUGGUCAUUUGGAGCCCAUCCAGGUGGUUAAAGAUCACUUGCAAGAUUUUGGAAUACACAAGGAUUAUACACUAUGGAUACACCAUGGAGAAGAUUAUGAAAUUGUCUCUGAUGAUGACGAUGUUGAUGAGGAAGAAACACAAGGUUAUACAAAUAAUGGGGUUAGUGAACUUCUUGAAGAUGUGUGUGCCAGAGCAAACAACAAUGAAUGUUCAGGUACACAAGACAAUUGUGAAAACAUAGAUAUGUUUGACAGUCUCUUGAAGGAUGCCUGCGAGCCUUUGUAUCCUAAUUGCAAGAAUUUUUCGAAGUUAGAGUUUGUUAUGAGGUUGAUGCAUAUCAAGAUAAUGAAUCACAUGAAUAACAAGUCAUUCCAGAUGAUCCUUGAUUUAAUUAAAGCAGCAUUGCCUGAAGGUGAGACACUUCCAAACACCUAUUACGAGGCUAAGAAACUAUUGAGGAACCUUGGACUUGGUUAUACAGUAAUUCAUGCAUGCAGAUACGACUGUGCACUAUUCUGGAAGGAAAAUGAGAAUCUUGAAAACUGUCCCAAGUGUAAUGAGACGAGGUAUAAAGUUGUCGAGGGAAAAGGAAAGAAGAUACCUCAGAAAGUACUGCGUUAUUUUCCACUCAAGCCAAGGUUGCAGAGAUUGUUCAUGUCAAGGAUGACUGCUAAAGAUAUGAAAUAUUGGAAAAAGAUACAGAAAAGGGAGAAAAAUGUGUUUAGGCAUCCAACAGAUUCUAAAAUUGGGCAAGAGCUCGAUGAGAAUCACAAGUGGUUUGCCAGAGAUUCACGUAAUAUCUGA